AUGGACCCAGAAAAGGCUUCCACAACCCGCCAAGGCGAGCACAUUGCUCCCGAACCGGACUACAGCAACUAUGACUACCCGCUCCCCAGCAAGACAGAGAGCGCAGCCCACGACGGCGCCGCGGCAGUCAUAGGCAACGACCUGAUUCCCUCCGUCUCCAACGCCGUCGCUGGCGCAGGCGGCGCCAACUACCACCAACAACGCAACAAUGACUUCAACAACAAGAAUGACAAUGCCGCCUACAGCAAGGAAGUCAGAGGAGAAGGAGAACGGGGCGUCGGUGACACAACCGACGACGACGGCAACUACAUCCACCGCACCGACACCGCGGGCGGUGCCUCGACGAUAGCAGAGGAAGAGACCUAUCCCGAGGGCGGGCUCCGGGCGUGGUCUGUCGUUCUGGGGUCCUGGCUGGCGCUGUUCUCGGCCCUGGGCAUCAUGAACAGCAUCGCCAUCUUCCAGACGUACGUUGCGACGCACCAGCUCAAGGGGUACAGCGAGGGAACGAUUGGGUGGAUCUUUUCCGUGUAUACGUUCCUCUGCUUCUUUGGAGGUAUUUAUAUCGGGCCCGUGUUUGACCAGUAUGGGCCGCGGUGGCUUGUUCUCGCUGGGACGGUGUGUCUCGUUAUCGGCGUUAUGUUGCUGAGCAUCUGCACUGUAUACUGGCACUUCAUGCUCGCCUUCGGCAUCCUCUGCGGCCUCGGCAGCUCCCUCGUCUUCACCCCCUCCAUCGCAGCCGUAGGCCACUGGUUCAAGCGCCGCCGCGGCUUCGCCACAGGCAUGGCCUCCACCGGCGGCUCCAUCGGCGGCAUCGUCUUUCCCCUCAUGAUGAAGUCCCUCUUUCCCGUCAUCGGCUGGGGCUGGACCAUCCGCGCCGUCGGCUUCAUCUGCCUCGCCCUCUGCGGCGCCUCCAAUUUUCUGAUACGUUCGCGCCUCCCGCCCGCCCGCAACGCAAGCCCGCACCCGGACCCGCGCAUCUUUCGCAGCGCGGCGUUUAGUCUCACGACGGCGGGCAUCUUUCUCAUGGAGUUUGCGCUGUUUAUCCCGCUGACGUAUAUCUCGAGUUACACGCUCAGCGAAGGGUUCAGCGAGUCCUUUGCGUUUUCCAUCCUGCCUAUCCUCAAUGCUGGCAGCGUCCUCGGUAGGGCGCUGCCCGGGUGGUGGGCUGAUAGGGCUGGGCCGUUUAAUAGCAACAUGGCUGCUAUUGUGUUGUCCAUUAUUGCGUGUCUGGCGGUCUGGUUGCCCGCGGGUUCGACGGCGGCGGGCGUGGUGGUUUUCGCCGUGCUGUUUGGGUUCGCGAGUGGGAACAAUAUCAGUAUCAGUCCCGUGUGCGUUGGGCGGUUGUGCAAGACGCAGCAUUACGGGCGGUAUUAUUCGACGACGUAUACCGCCGUCUCGGUCGCGUGUCUGAUUGGUAUCCCCAUUGGUGGCGAGAUUGUCACGGCGACGGGGGGCAAGUAUUGGGGUCUCAUCAUCUUCACCGGGCUGAUUUAUGUUUUGGCCUUGGUGGCGCUCAUGGCUGCCAAGUUUGUGUGCGUUGGAAAGAAUAUUUGGGCCAAUUUUUAG